UAACGCUGGCGGUUGGGAACUCCAUUUUCGUUAGCCAAGCAUAAGAAAAAUCGAUCGGGAAAUCAGUUUGCGUCUGUUUGAUCCCCGUGAAAGAAGAGCGCGACGAGGUGAGAGGGAUCGACCGAUCCAUUGUCGCCUCCGAACCCCAUUGCCCCGGAGAGAAGUUGGGAUCCUUCUCCGCUCUCUCUUCUUGUAUUUACCUUCUCCGAGAUCCCUAAUCCGCCGUCCUUGGGCUACGUCAACACACUUCCUCCGAUUUCCCCGGCAGCAGCAGAUCGCGGUUCGCCGCCGCGGCCAUGGUGGACAACGGCUCCAGGACCGAUAUCUCCUUCUACUGGCGGUUCGUGAGCAGCGCCAUCGCCGCCUGCUUCGCCGAGUUUUGCACCAUUCCUUUGGACACUGCUAAAGUCAGGCUUCAGCUACAGAAAAAAGCGGCUGCCGGGGAUGCAGUGGCAAUACCUAAAUACAGGGGAAUGUUGGGCACCAUAAUAACAAUAUUUAGGGAGGAAGGUUUGACAGCACUAUGGACAGGCCUCGUACCUGGGUUGCAUCGUCAAUGUCUCUUUGGUGGGUUGCGGAUUGGGUUGUAUGAGCCUGUCAAAGCCUUCUUGUUUGGUGAUAGUUUUGUCGGAGAUAUUUCAUUGAUAAAGAAAAUCCUUGCUGGGCUUAUAACUGGUGCCUUGGCAAUUACUGUGGCCAAUCCAACUGAUCUUGUAAAGGUUCGCCUUCAAUCCGAAGGCAAACUUCCACCGGGUGUGCCAAGACGUUAUUUAGGAGCAUUGGAUGCUUAUUUCAAAAUAAUCAGACAGGAAGGAAUUGGGUCUUUAUGGACUGGUCUUGGUCCCAAUAUUGCACGUAACGCGAUUAUAAAUGCUGCUGAGCUAGCAAGCUAUGAUCAUAUAAAACAGACAAUCUUGGAAAUUCCUGGAUUCACAGAUGACAUUUUCACUCAUGUUUUAGCUGGUUUGGGUGCUGGAUUCUUUGCUGUUUGUAUUGGUUCUCCUGUUGAUGUGGUCAAGUCGAGAAUGAUGGGAGAUUCAUCCUAUAAAAGCACACUUGAUUGCUUCAUCAAGACACUGAAAAAUGAAGGACCUUUAGCUCUUUAUAAGGGCUUCAUUCCAAAUUUUGUUCGGCUUGGAUCAUGGAAUGUGAUAAUGUUCCUGACACUGGAGCAGGUCAAAAUGUUUUUUAUAAGAGAAGUGCCUCUUUGAUAUCGUAAAUCAAGAUAUCCAAAGUUCCUGUCACGGUUCGUAUCUCUCUGGUAGAAUGUACGUCUCUCGUUUGAUUUAUGAGUUGAGUUCUCCCCAUUGCAUGCUUCUUUUAAUUAAUCGAGGUUCUUAUGGUUCCAGUAUUUGUCUUAGAAUCUUGUAUCCUUGACUCGUUUGAUCUUAUUGAAUAUGGACUUAU